UUUUGUCAAGGGCUUGACAUUCCAUUAAGCAACUGAAUAGUGAAUACUACUAACCGAACCUACAGAUCUAGAAAGAGUAGUGAGUUCGGUAGUAAAAGAAUUUUGGGUGACUUUGGUUUCUCCGAAGGAUUUCUAGUUUCUUGUCCGCAUAUCAUUUGCUGAUUCGAAACUCAGUUCGCAAACUUUUCAGCAAGAAAUGCUUGUUUUGGCAAGUUCAGUGUUUGGCUUAUCCCCAACAUGGCCACUGUGCAACCCAUCAAAGAGUAAGCAAUACUCUAGUACACCCAUCUUUAGGAGGCUGACUUUAACAAGAUGUCAAGCCAAAAGAUGCUGUGCUUGUUAUGAUAUGUACAAAGAGCUAGUUCCAUAUGCCAAUGCGUGGUCUUGGCAAAAGGCCAUUGUCGACAAGAGGAAAGCACAAAUUGAAAGGAAUGAGGAUCUUGCGGACACACUCAUUGUAUUGCAGCAUCAGCCGGUUUAUACGUUGGGUACUGGUAGUUCUGAGGAGAAUCUACAUUUUGACAUAAAGAAUGCUCCUUUUGAAUUGUAUCGAACAGAACGUGGAGGUGAAGUAACUUACCAUGGCCCUGGUCAGCUAGUUAUGUACCCAAUCGUCAAUCUUCGAUAUCAUAAGAUGGACCUUCAUUGGUACCUCAGGAGCCUUGAGGAGGUGAUCAUACGAGUUCUUUCUUCAUCAUUUUCUAUGGAGGCUUCCAGAAUUGAUGGCUUAACUGGUGUUUGGGUUGAGGGUCGCAAAUUAGCUGCAAUUGGUAUCAGAGUAUCUCAAUGGGUCACGUAUCAUGGCCUAGCGCUGAAUGUCACCACAGAUCUGGCACCCUUUCAGCAGAUAGUUCCAUGUGGGAUCCGUGAUCGUCAAGUUGGAAGCAUAAAGGGAUUGCUGAAGGAGUUCCCGGUCUCUACAGAAAACCAUCAAGACGCUGAUGAUGUCCAACUCAUUGAUAUUGCUCAUAAAUCUUUAGUUAAGGAGUUUUGUGAAGUUUUCCAAGUUGAUCUCCAUUGUAUACCUACACCUGUCUUAAAUUCUAGCAGAGAAACCCUUCUCCUGGCUUGAUUAGGGAAAAGACUUAUUCUUGAAGGCGAAAUUAUUCAAGAGAUUAUACAGAGAAUGAUCAGAUUAGUUGCAAUUUUUUCUUUUCAAGUCAUUUGUCUGAUCAAUCUAAAUUGUGAACUUGCAAUUUUGCAAUUGAUACUUUAAUAUGGAUGCUGGUGCGUAUCCAACAUGUAUGUCACAGAUUAAGUGUUUAUUGUCAUCAAACUCAUUAUUCCUAAAA